CGCCACAACCUCCCCCCAUGCCUGGGAUGCCGGACACGGCGAGGAUUCCGCCGUGGCUCAAGGCCAAGAAGAAAUACGACAAGAGGCGGGCGACCCGGCCUGUCAGGUGGCAGAUGAUCGCCCCCAGCGCCAUGGAGAGGAGGAGUGUGUGGAGCAGAGCCGACGAGGCACGAUUCGACAGCCCCCAGUUCCAGGCACAGCUCCUGCGGGCAUUCGCGGCUAAGCAGCCCAGGGCCGGAGGGUCAACCGGAGCGACGUCUCUGCCAACUCCCGCGUCCCCCGCUGAGGCCUCAUCGGUCUUCAGUAAAGACGUCUUGCAGAAUUUUGACAUCUUGACAAAGUCGGCGAAGGUGUCGUACGAUGAGAUCGCGAGGGCCACCCUGACGGGAGACAUGGCCUCUCUCUCCCACAUCAAAAGCAUCAAGGGCCUGCUCGCAUCGCUGCAGAAGAUAAACGAGGAGGAGGAGCUGGCGCUGAGAGAGAGGCAAGGCCAGGGGGCCCCCCUGCAGCCCCCCGAGUUGUUCUACUUGCAGCUCGUGGACGAGGGCCACCUGUCGGAGCGCCUGCGCUGCCUGCUCUUCCACUUCACCCGCGCCGAGGUGCUCGACCAGGCUCGGAAAGAGCAGGAGGUCGUGCUCGCGGCCCUGAGCGCGGUCGUCUCCAGCCAAGGCCUGACCCAGCUGACCCAGCUGCUCCUCUUCAUCCUCAACUUCCUGAACGAGGGCCCCACCUCGUCGCCUGCCUAUGGAUUCAACCUCUGCGACAUCGACAAGGUCUCACGGGGAGGGGGCGGGGGGUAA